CACCUGUAAAAUGCCCCACUAUAGCUUCUAACAUGUUACUGGAGCUUGCCGAAGAUCCAUCCAAAAACAUCAUCUUUUUUCAAACUCAUAUCUCCCUAAAUUGCCUGCUACCUAAACUACCUAGGCACCUAAUGUUCGAAUCUUCCUUCGCCUUUGGUUUCGCCAUCUCAUGUAGAAGCUAUGUAUUCCGACGAUGAUGAGGAUGGCGCUUGCAACGGCGAGACCGCUGCGGCUCCGGGUAGCAAAGAUAUUUUCGUGCAGUUGGUCAUCUCCCUCGCCUUGGGUAUCACAGCCUUUAUCGGCUUUUGUAUCCUAAGACCUCGAUGGAAGACCCUUUACGCCGCUCGAAGACGCCAAAGUAAUCCCCAAAUUGCUCUACCCGCCCUUCCAGAUAGUUUCUUCGGAUGGAUACCAGCGCUGUACAGAGUGACGGAAGAGCAGGUGCUGGCAUCUGCAGGGCUAGAUGCCUUCGUGUUUUUAUCUUUCUUCAAGAUGUCCCUCCGAUUAUUUACCACGAUAUUCUUCUUCGCUGUCGUCGUACUUUGGCCUAUCCAUUCGACAUUCGAUGCCGGCACGAUUAAUCCUCCCGAUAAGUCGCCCGGAAACGACUCUUUCCAAAUAAAUACCAUAGAAAAUUCGUACCAUCAAUAUUCCGCGAGUGUUAAUCUAAUCUUGGCGGAACCCGAGUCUGACGAUAAGAGUAAAUAUUAUCUAUGGGCGUACCUGGCCUUCACAUGGUUCUUUUCCUUCUUGACCAUAUACUUCAUGAAUUCUGAGACCAUAAAGGUGAUCAAAGUAAGACAAGAUUAUUUGGGUACUCAGUCGACUAUAACCGACCGGACCUUCCGACUAACGGGAAUACCUCGAGAUAUCAGGUCAGAGGAUAAAAUCAAAGAUUUCGUGGAGAAUUUGGAAAUUGGACAUGUUCGGAGCGUUACGUUAUGUCGGAACUGGGCCGAGAUCGAUGCUCUGAUGGCCAAACGUCAAGUACUUCUUCGAAAACUCGAAGAAGCCUGGAGCGUUUACCUUUCUCGGUUGCCACUGUUGCCUUCAGCGCCUAGUAACGGACGACGCGGGGCAACGGAUGAUACCGCGGAGGGUGGUGAAGAUAACGAUGAAGAAUUUCAGGAGGAUGGGCGCCUUCUGGCCGAGGACAAUCUGCGAAACGCCGCUGCCGAAAGGCAAAGGCCAAAGAUUCGCCUCCGAUUUGGACUUCUGAAGAUACGGAGUCGCAAAAUCGAUGCUCUUGAUUACUAUGAAGAGAAAUUGCGCCGUCUCGACGAUGAGAUCCGAAAUGCGAGAAGGAAAGAAUACCCUUCAACAGAUACAGCAUUCGUGACGAUGGAUUCCAUUGCAGCUUGCCAGAUGGCUAUCCAAGCCGCUGUAGAUCCUCGACCUGGUCAUUUGCUAACAAAGCCUGCGCCGGCUCCUUCGGAUGUGCUUUGGAAGAACACGUACGCUCCACGUUACAAACGCCGAUUGCAGUCUUGGGUCGUCACUAUCUUUUUCACAUUCCUAUCAAUCAUUUGGUUCUUCCCAGUAGCUGCGCUAGCAUCGUUGCUUUCUAUUUGCACCAUCCAACAGAUAUGGCCAUCAUUGGCUGAAUCACUCCAACGGCAUGACAUCUCCAAAGCCUUCGUACGGACUGGCCUGCCCACCUUGGUGGUCUCGUUGCUCAAUGUGCUAGUACCAUAUCUCUACGACUACCUCUCGAAUAUGCAGGGAAUGGUAUCGCAAGGCGAUGUUGAACUCUCGACAAUAAAGAAGAAUUUCUUCUUCAUAUUCUUCAACAUUUUCGUUGUUUAUGCAGUCUCGGGUAGUGCGGCUCUCGCCGACUUCUGGCAGAUAAUCAGAGAUUCUUUGAGUGAUACGCGAACUAUUGCGUUGAAAGUAGCACUUUCAAUCCAGAAAUUGAACAACUUUUACCUCAAUUUCAUCAUGCUUCAGGGUCUCGGUCUAUUUCCGUUUAAGCUCUUGCAAUUUGGAAGCAUAUCGCUCUACGCUAUAUAUCGUAUGGGAGCGAAAACGCCUCGAGAUUUCGCUGAACUUGUACAGCCCAGUUUAUUCAAUUAUGGGUUUUAUCUGCCAACGGCCCUGUUGGUGUUCAUUCUAUGUCUAGUUUAUAGCAUUCUCCCAGGUGCACAUAUCGUUUUACUCCUUGGUCUUUGCUACUUUGCGCUAGGAUACUUUGUCUACAAGUACCAAUUGCUGUAUUCAAUGGAUCAGCCCCAGCAUGCUACUGGAGGAGCGUGGCCAAUCAUCUGUGGGCGUAUUAUUGUCGGACUUGUUGCUUUCCAAGCUAUCAUGAUUGCCAUUUUGGUGCUACAGGCUGCUUUCAUUUCUGCGGCCUUCGUCGUACCAUUAGUUGUUUUAACAUUCUGGUACCAUUUUUACUCCCGACGUCGCUUUACGCCGCUGGCAAGGUUUAUCGCGCUUCGAAGUAUCAAGCGAGCCUCCGACCCUGGCUCAGAAAGUCGACCGGAUCGGGAUCCGGAACAAGCGCAGCGGGAAACUCGACUAGCGAGACGCAUGAGCACAAUAGAUGAAGACAAGGAGAAAGGAAUGAGAUUUAUCAAUCCAAGCCUUGUCGUCCCCCUAGAACAGCCUUGGAUUUACCAAGAUCCGCCUCCACCGCUGGAAGAGUCAUCCGUGGACUCUAGUACGGGGAGCGUCAACGGUAAUGGUGAUAGCCGCAUUACGACACCGUUGCGUAAUGCUGGAUUGGGUAGUGGUGGUAGUGUUGCUAGUUCCUUUAGUCUUGGAGAUACCCAUGUUUGGCGGGAUAACGGCGAUAAUGUGUAAUGACAUGACAAGAGAAUCAGGAUGUUUUAUAUACUUGGAAGCAUGUUACAAAGAGAUUGAAAGGUCCCCCGUCCCGAGAAGAUGACCUACUCCUCAGCGUUGUAUUAGAUAUUUUAUGUGUGUUAACGAGAU